CAAUGAAUUGUCCAGAUGAAUUAAUCAAAAUGACUCUGCUAUUGAUGUUGUCCAGUGUUUGAUUCAAUUACCUAGGUCUAAGUUGUAUUUCUAUGUUUCAUUCUCUGCAAAUGCUUUGAAAGUAUGUCUUGGUCAAAGAUUAUCACUAAUUUAACCUUUUAAAUUUAAGCAAGAGAUAGAGAGAUUGAGGCUAUGGCAGAAAGUCAUGGAAGAUCAGCGACCAAGACUGGCCUGGAACAACAAACCUAUUGAGACAGAAAGAGAGAGGGAAAGAGAGAGGGAAAGAGAGGAAGAAAGGGAGAUGGAAAGGGAGAGAAAAGCAGAAUUGGAAAGACAAGAAAUGAAGAAGAAAGUGAAACAGGCAGAAGAAACAAUAAAAGCGUUAGAACGAGAGAUUGAGAGAUUGAAAGAGACUGAAAAGGAAGUCAUAUUUGAAAGAGAAAGAGACAUGCAUAUUGCAGAGAAUGAGAAAGUCAAACUGGUUAACGAAAAGGUGAAAGAGUUAGAAAGAGAGGUUGAGAGACUGAAAGAAGAUAUGACAACAAAAGAGAUUCAAUACAAAAUCAAAUUUGAAAGAGCAAAAGAAGCAUAUAGAAGACAGAAUGAGAGAGUGAAACAGGUUAACCAAAAUGUACUAGUGUUAGACAGAGAAGUUGCAAGAAUGAAAGAAGAGAUUAGAUUGAAAGACGAGACUGAACCAGAGAGAACAUUUGAUAGAGACAGAGAGAGAGAAAAUGAUUGGAGACGAACUGAAGAGGAGAUGAAAAAUAGAGUGGAGAGAGAGACGGAGAUGGAGACAGCCCUCAUCAAUGACAAAAAGAAGUCUGAAUUGGAGGAAGUCUUCAAGAAAAUCAAGGAACAGCUGAUAGAAUUAGAAAAUAUGGAAACAGACAAAUAUAAAUGGAAACAGAACCAAAUGGACAUGGAGGAGAAGAUGGAGGGUGAGAACAACAAACAGAAAGAGGUAGAAAGAAAGAGAAUGGAGAAAAUACCAAAACAGAGACAACAAGAAGAUGAGAAGAAGAAAGAGAUGGAGAGAGAAGAAGAGGAGAGACGCAAACAGAAGCAAAUAGAGAUGGAAGAGGAAGAACGAGAGAGGGAGAAAGAGAGACAGAGAGAGAUCAAAAGGAAGAGAAUGGAGAAGAGACAGAAAAAUAUGGAAAGAGAAGAAGAGAGACAGAGAGAGAAUGAAGAAGAAAGAUGUAAACAAAAGCAAAUAGAGAUGGAAGAGGAAGAACGAGAAGAAGAGAGACAGAGAGAGAUUGAAAGAGAGAAUGAAGAAGAAAUAUGUAAACAGAAGCAAAUAGAGAUGAAAGAGGAAGAAAGAGAAGAAGAUGGACAGAGAGCGAUCAAGGAGAAAGAGAGACGACAGCAACAAGAGGAGAGAAAGAGAACAUUUGAGAGAGAUCAAGAAGAAGAAGAUAUAUUGAAACAGAAGCAAAUUGACAUGGAGAAGGAGGGAAGAGAGAAGGAGAACAAGAGACAGAGAGAGAUAGAAGAGAUACACAGACGACAACAACAAGAGGAGAGACAGAAACAAAUGGAGAAAGAGAAAGAAAGGGAGAAAGACAAUGAGAAUCAGAGAGAGAUGGAAUUAAAAGAUCAGCAACAGAAAGAGAUGGAGAAAGAAAAGAUGAUCAUGAGAGAGAGGGAGGAAGCAGGAAGAAGAAAGGAGGGGCAGAAAAAUAUUUUUGGGGAAAUUGAGGGACAGAAUGAACUGGAGACAGAACAGGAGAGAGAGAUAGAAGAAAAGCAUGAAGUGAUUAAGGAAGCAGAGGAAGAGUACAGGGAAAGAGAAGAGAGAGGAAAGGAAGUAAGCAUGAAGAAACAUGGAGUAGUUAAUGUUAAAGCAAAAGCACGGGAAGUCUUCAAUAGACGUAAAGAGAGAAGGUUAGAAGUGUUGAAGGGGGAACGAGAACACAUAGAAAGAGGACAACAAAUCAGGAGGGAGAAGGAGGAAAGACGGCUGGAGAUGGAAAGAAAACAGGAGAGGGCAAGACAACAAGAGGAGCAGGAAAAAAAACAAGAGAUUGAAAUUGCUAGACAGAAAGAAAUGUUCAGACUAAGAGAGGAGGAGAGGCAGAGAGAGGAAGAGAGAGAGGAGGAGAGAAAGAGAGCCAUUGAAGGCCAUUUAUCUUUAAUCAGAGAGAGAGAGAUAAUAGAGGCAAAAAGAAGAGAGGAGAUGGUGGAAGAGGAAAGAAGGGAGAUCCUUGAAAAGCUCAAGAGGGAUGACUUAGAGGAGGAGGAGAAGGAAGAAGACAAGGAGGACAUUCUCCCACCUGAUAAAAGUAUCCGAAGGAGAGCUGUGGGCUGGAUAAAUAAGAAGUGGGAGGAGAGGAACCUCAAAAAGAUCGAGAGAACCUAUCAGAGAGAAGCUGAGGAGGGCUAUAAGAUCGUCCACAUAGCCAUCCCUGGACACACAAGGCUAACAGCCACCAUGACACGGGCAGAGAGAGAGAGGGAGAAGAGGAAGGAGCUUUUGAAGGCUGAGAAGAGAAGGAAGAAGAUGGAGGAUUUUAAUAAGCAGUGGAGAGAGCAGUCCCUGCUUAAAAAACAAACUCAUCAGAAACUGAUGGAGGAGAGGGGGAAGAUGAAGGGACAUUACCUGGAGCAGAUGAAUCUGGAGGCUGAUGCUCAAAUCAACACCCGGUGUCUAACCACCCAACACAGCCACGAUUAUCUGGAGACAACACAGCCCACUGGAUCUGGAGAUGACCACCAGGAAAGGCCAAGGAGGCAACAGGCAUGGGCAGAGAACCAGGAGGGGAGUUCAGAGAACCAGCAGGAGUGGCCAGAGAACCAACAGGGGGGGCCAGACAGCCAGCAGCUAGAAGCUCCAGAAGCGGCUGAAACAUCAGAACCAACCUCCAAGAACAAGAAAAGGCCAGGCAUCUGGAAGAGAAUUAAGAUGGGCAUUCCUGACGUGCUGUCUGCCUAGAGCUGGAACUCGAAGAAGCCACAGUUCCACUGAGGUUACGUUGGUCAUUAAAAGUGUCGCCCAA